UAAGAACAACAUCAACAACAACAACAAGAUAUUGUGUGUGUAUGUGACAUGUCAAUGAAUGAAAGAAACAAGAAAUUCCCCAAUUACAUCGUCAUCGCCAUUUAAUUGUUUGAUUUUUUUUUUCGUUGUGUACUCAAAUUUUCGUUUGGUUUUCGGUGACAAUGCAAUCGACUUGGAAUUUUAUUAAAAAUAAUAAAAAAUCAAUAUUUUUCGCCACUUCCGCCAUUGUUGGUUUUAUCGGUUUACGGCGAUAUUGUUCCAAUUUUGAACAACAAUGGCAACAUUCACAAUCACGAAAUUUUGUGUCCGAGAUACGAAAAAAAGGCACCUAUUUCGAUGAUUCAUUGGCCAUUGGUAAUAAUAUGGCCAAUAAACAAUUUCGAUUGAUAAUAAGAAAAUUAAAAGAAAUGUUCAACAUUGUACAGCUGUUGAAUAAAAUCAAAGAAGCACAAUCGAAUAAUGUGUCACCAUCGGAACAAUUGAAAUAUUAUGAAGAAUUAAAAGUGGAAAUAUUCACCUAUAUUGUUGCCGAAAUUUAUGCCAUUGCAUUUUUCAUCACCUAUCUUCGUGUACAAUUGUCAAUGAUUUCCGGUGUCAUGUAUCAUGAAAAUCAAAUCAAUAAAUCAUCAACAAUGAGUGAUGGAAAUUCAUUGCUUAAAGAUACUACAUCACGUUAUUAUAUGUUUAUUGGUUUAUUGGAAAAUUUUCACCAAAAAGGUAUUGAACAUCUAGUGGGUAUUGUAAGAAAUUUGGUGAAAAAAUCAUUUCACAAUCUUAAAAUCACUGAUAAAGUAACGUUGAAGGAUGUGUUGAAAAAUUUGAAUGAAAUCAAAUCCAAUUGGAAUGAAUCAUUCGAAUGUUUGAUUGAAGAAAAUGUUUUACAUGUUUAUCGUCAUUGUGACCAACAACAGCAACAACAACGACAAAAUUCAUCCACUGAUGAUGGAUCAAUCGCAGAUGAUGAAAAUGCUGUAAAAUGCAAAUUGUUGAAUGAAUAUAAAGCAUGUUCAAAAUUUAUUGACGAAAUGAUCGAUAUAACAAAAUUGUCAGAUUUUCGUACAGUCAUGGAAAAUUGUAUCGAUAUUGGUUAUUCAAAUCUUUUUGAUUUUAUUAACGAAUGUUUCAUUCAAUUUGAACAGCAACAAAAUUCACAACAAACAAUGGAAUCAAGACAAUUCAUCAAUCCACAUCAGAUUAAUGUUGUGUUGAUUAAACUGUUACCAUUGAUAUGGCAACAAGUACAUCAAAAUGAUUCUGAUGAUGAUAACAAUGCCAACAGAAACAGCAGCAGCAACAGAAACGAUAAUCGAUCAUCAGAAUUUUGUGAAAAUGAAAAACGAAAUCGUAAUGCAUUACUUGUACAAUUUUUACUUUGUUCCGAUAGUCUAACGUGUUUCGCUGCAAAUAUUUAUGAAGCAUUCUGUAAUGAAAUGCCAACACGUAAAAACAUUGGUUUAUCAACUAUUGACUGAUGAUGAUCGAUUUAUAUUUCUACUUAAAGGACCGAAUAUUAAACAAAAUAAUCACAAAUUAGCCAUCCAUAGAGUUAUUAUUUGAAUGUGAUGAAAAACAAAACAUUUUUGUUCUAUGUUUGUUUAUCACUAUAAUCUUCCAAUAAACCAUCCAAAUGAUUGUUCAA